UUAUUUAGCAAGUAGUUAACAUGUGUUGCCUUGAUGAUCGAUCAUUUAUAAGUAUUUUUACGCUUAACUAGUUAAUUCGUGCGCUUAGAGGGUCGAUCGCGCAAUGUAUAGUUCUGUGUACAGUAUAUAAUACAGCCUUGCGAAACGUCUGCACUCGGCACGGGGCAAUACAUUGUUGCGAUCAAUGACACUUGUAUGUUUACAUCUGACCGUGUGCAACGCCUCAUAACCUAUACUACAUAAGACGUUUUCAAAACAUUCGUGUACUUUUAUAUAAAAAGGAAAAAUGAGAUUCAGAUUUCUGGGAGACGUUGAUUGUCCAGAAUGGCUGCUUGCACAGAUUUACAAUCUGUCACAAAUGACCUCGUCCAAAAUGAAAAUGUUAAGUCAAAUUGUCAUCAAGUCUAUUACGGAUCAAGAACUAGACGAAGAAAUGUUGGCAAAAAUUUCACAAGAUUCAAAGAUAGAAAUAAAUGAAUUAAAAGCUUUGAUUGCCGCAGUACAAAUGAUCUUUAAAUCAUCUGCAAGAAAUGCCGUUUCUGCAGCAGAUUUGAGUAAUGAAUUGCAACAGCUAGGAUUGCCACGAGAACACAGUACGAUUAUAACCAAAUUUCAUACAGAUAAUGCAGCGCAAAUAUCUACUAUACUUACUGGUCAAUCGCUGAGAUUGUCUAGAUUAUCAUCAGUUGAAGUAGUACCUAAUGAAGAGCAAUCUCCGUUUGCCAAAAUAGUUUUCAAAACAACAAGUGGAGAUGAAAAUGAAAGAGAAACUACUCUAAAUAUAUCCAAAGAUAAAUUAAGUGAAAUAUUAGCAGAAUUAAAAACAGUGCGAACGCUGAUGGAGCAAGUUUCGCAAUGAUUGUAAUCAUUUGUCUGGAUCAGAUAUAUGAAAAAAGUAUGAUGUAGAUAGUAUCUAAUGAAUUAAGCAAAUAAGUCAAGCAAUUUAUAUAAUUUUAUUUUAUUUUGAUAAA